GUCAUGGGCGGAGAUGUCCCCGACAUGUUCCAGCCCGCGCUCUUCGACAAAGGAUAGCGGGUGCCGUUCCCGAAGCCCACCUGGACGUUCAGGAUCGGGCCAGCGCCGCGCGAGCCGACGGGGGCGGCCGCUGGCAGGUUGCCACCUGGGGCGCGGAGGGGGCCUGGCACGAGCCUGCCGGAGCCGUGCAGUAGUUCCGAGGAGGAGGCGCCCGCCAGCAACGGCCGUUUCGGCCUGGCCAGGGUCGGCGGGGCCAGGUAGUGGAUCGUCGAGCGCAGAGCAGUACCUCCCUGCGUCGUCACAGAGCCACGGCGGCCGGCUUCGCCUGAACCUGGGCCUCUGAUGUGAGGCAUCAUUCUCCUCUUUCUGGUAGCGCCCGCAUUCAGUCGCCGAUCCCCUACUUGGGGGGUGUAUUUUUCAAUUCGAUAGAUACGGGAUGACCCUUUUAUGGCAGUUUAUCAGGUUGGUUUCCCCACGCCAUGAGCGGGGUUUUUGUUCUCUCAGACCUUCUGAUCGUUUCUCCUCCCUCCCCCAUCCUCCUGCUUUCUCUUGUCCUCUUCCUCUCCAUCUCGGCCGUAUAGGGCGCUCGACGCAGUCUUUGCUCCUCAGUGUAGCUGCUCGUGUGCCAGUGCCCCAGUGGGGAGCGCAGUUCGGGCGCGCGUGCCACAUUUUGGCCUGCCUCCGCGUGGGCAUCGCCGUGCCCUCUUCUCCCCAGGAGCCGGGCCCCAAACCCGCUUCCCUCGGUACUCGUCUCUCCCGUGACAAUUCGCCGUGCCCCCGUGCGCCGCGCGGCGAUUAGCCGCCCGGCGCCCCGAAGCCGCCGCCCGCCUCGCGGGUGCUGCUGGCCGAGGAGCGCCGGGGCGCAGAGGGGCGCGGGGCCCCCUCUGGGCGGGUCGACUGGUCGUAGGAGUGAGCCUUCGCCGGAGUGGCCUUUUUGAUUGAUGGGCCAGUGUUGCACCACUACUACCAUGGGGUGUACUUCGAGUCUCGCCUUCGUUGUCAAACGAUGCCAAGCCCCACUGCACCAGCGGCCUUCUUCGUUUGUGCUCUUCAUCCGUCGGCCAGUCCAGUACGUGUCGGCCUGGUGGUCAGCCGGGCAGCUGGCAGUCUGGCAGUUGGUCAGUCUGGCAGCAGCCUGGCUGCAGCCUAGCGGCCAAGCGUCUGGCAGCAGUCCGUCAGUUGGCCAGUCUGGCAGCUGGCCAGUCUGGCCCGAGAUCGGUUCUCGCCCUUUCCUUUGCGCGCCGCCGGCCUCGCCUCGCCGGGGCUCUGGCCUGGUGAGGUCCCGAGGUCCUGGCGGCGCCGCCGCGGGGGAGGCCCCCUCGCGUCUGGCCGGGCACGGAGUGCCUACGUGGGCGGGCACGCUGCUCUCUGGCCACCCUCGCGCUCGCGGCCUCUCGCUCUGGCAGUGCGGGUGCUCGGCGCCGCCCAGGGCGCGAGCUGCGCCUUGCCUCGCCUCUGGGCGCCUGCCUGCCCGCGAGCUCCUGUCCACCGUGGGCCGGAAAGGAGAUUGAACGUGGUAGGAGCAGCGCCUCACCUCCCC